AUGACUUGUGGCGGUAUUCUACUCGGCAUCAUCGCCAUCUUCUUUCCACCUGCACCAGUGAUAGUUCGACGAGGCUGCGGCGCCGAAGUCAUCAUCUGCAUCGGCCUUCUCUUCCUUGGUUGGAUCCCCGGCAUCGUCUACGCCUGGUACAUCAUCCUCACAUACCCAAGCCUCCGACAGCGACGUCGGCAAAGAAGACGGAGCAUUCUGGUCGAGCCCAGAGAGGAGAUCGUGUACGCGGGACCUGUGAGGAGGAGCGGCGAUUCGAGACGGAGAAGUGGUGGAAUACCGUAUCACGGGUAUGAAGGUACGAUGCAGCCUUAUCAUCGGGAGGCAGGGUGGAGAGAUGCGGGCGGGCAGACGGGGUAUUAUCCGCCGCCGCUGAGCGAAGGCAGAGGGAGGAAGCGUUGA